AUGGCCUCCCUUGCCUCUAAACUCUUUGAAGUCUCGCCGAAUCGAUCCCUUUGGCUCAAUGCAUUCCGUGGGUCCUUCCCGACCUUUCUUUCUUCCCAAUCCCAAUCACUGCCCUCAACCGCACCUGACUCUUCUCCUUCCUCCACCAAAGAGAUCCUGUCCCAGUUCACUGCCCUUCAAACCCAACUCUUUGAGGCUGUUGCUGAACUCCAAGAAAUUCUUGAUCUUCAGGACGCUAAGCUGAAAAUUGCACGCGAAGUGCGGUCCAAGGAUGCUGCACUUCUUUCUUUUUCCAAGAAACUCAAGGAUGUCGAGCAGGUUCUUGAUAAUCUUGUUGAUGAUUACUCUGAUUUUAGCCGCCCCAAACGGACAAAACAGGAGGAUGGUACAGAAGAUGAUUCUUCAUGCACCACCACCACUGUUGCAUCUCAGUUGAAUUUAUCAGAUAUUUUAUCAUAUGCCCACCGGAUAAGCUACACAACCUUUGCACCACCAGAAUUUGGGGCUGGACAAGCUCCUCUUCGUGGGGCACUCCCGCCUGCCCCACAGGAUGAGCAAAUGCGUGCUUCUCAGCUAUACAAUUUUGCAAACCUUGAUGUUGGUUUACCUAAGACAGUUGAGAGGGAGGAGGAAACAAUUCACACAAUAUUAGAGGCCCCACGUCCUGAGCCAACAGAAGCCAAUCAACUUCCCAAGCUGGGUGCACUCCAGGGUCUACUUCCUCCAAAUAUCACGGUUCCGUCAGGUUGGAUACCGGGGAUGCCUGUGGAGUUGCCAAGCGAUGUACCUGUGCCCCCACCUGGAUGGAAGCCUGGGGACCCAGUGCCUUUGCCCCCACUUGGAUCUGCUCCAGCUCCCAGGGUCGAAGAGCAACAAUUACGGCCUAAUGCUCAUCAACCAUUACCUAGAGCACCAGCGACAAUACAGGUUCAGCAUGUUCAGCUGGAUAUUCCGGACCAAGACGAUGAUACUAGUGAUUAUACUAGCGAUGAUGCAAGCUCAGAAGAUGAGGAUUGA